AUCACCGCCGCUCCCGCCGUCUCCGGGACCUUCUCUCUGCCUGGCUCGGGGUUAUCCGUGGCGGCGCCGGAUCUGACGAGAGCGGUACUGUGUGGAUAGGCUGCCGCUGGCGCUGUUUUCCCUGUCGUAUUGCCGAGGCCAGGAAGGAGGAACACGUGUGGAGUGCCGCAGAGGGGUGGUCGUGGCCAAGAGGAGAGACCCCUGCGGCGUUGGAGGUUUGGACCUGCAGGCAGUUCAGGAGGUGCUCGGACGGGGUCCUCUCUCGCAGCCGGCUCUGAGCGGGAGGCCCGAGCUGGGAGCGUUGGCUGCCCCACGAGUUCCGGGCGGUGAGGUGCUGCGCUAUGGAGGAGCUAGAUAGCGAGCCGACAGUCACUUUGAUUCCGGGAGUGAAUUCCCAGAAGAAGCAAAUGUGUUUUGACUGGGGUCCAGGGGAGAUGCUGGUGUGUGAAACCUCUUUCAACAAAAAAGAAAAAUCAGACAUGGUGCCAGGUUGCCCCUUUAUCCAUAUAAUCCGAAAGAAUGAGGAUGUCUACUCUCAAAUCCUGAGAAAACUCUUCAAUGAAUCCCAUGGGAUCUUUGUGGGCCUCCAGAGACUUGAAGAAGAGUUGACUGGAAAAUCCAGAAAAACUCAGUUGGUUCGAGUGAGUAAAAACUACCGAUCAGUCAUAAGAGCAUGCCUGGAGGAAAUGCACCAGCUUGCAAUUGCUGGUAAAGAUCCAGCCAUUGGCCGCCAGUUUAGCAUCCAGGUCUCCAGUCUGUCAGCAAUGGAGCUCAUUUGGAACCUUUGUGAGAUUCUUUUUAUUGAAGUAGCCCCAGCCGGCCCUCUUCUCCUUCACCUCCUUGACUGGGUCCAACUGCACGUGUGUGAGGUGGACAGUUUGUCGGCAGAUGUUCUGGGCAGUGAGAAUCCAAGCAAACACGAGAGAUUCUGGAACUUGGUGACCGUCUUGGUGCUGCAGGGCCGGCUGGAUGAGGCCCGACAGAUGCUCUCCAAGGAGGCCGACUGCAGCCCCACCUCUGCAGGCAUGUGCCGAAUCCUUGGGGACCUGAUGAGGACCAUGCCUAUUCUCAGCCCUGGUAACACUCAGACACUAACGGAGCUGGAGCUGAAGUGGCAGCACUGGCACGAGGAAUGUGAGCGGCACCUCCAGGACGGCACGUUCGCCUCCAGUCCUCACCUCGAGUCUCUCUGCAAGGUCAUGCUGGGAGAUGAAGCUGCCCUGCUGGAGCAGAAGGGGCUUCUGAGUACCUGGUAUCACUUCCUCGUGACCCGGCUCCUGUACUCUCACCCCACGGUAAAACCCACGGAUCUGCACUUCUAUGCCCAGUCCAGCCUUGACCUGUUUCUGGGAGGUGAGAGCAGCCCAGAACCCCUGGACAACAUUUUGAUGGCAGCCUUCGAGUUUGACAUCCACCAAGUGAUCAAGGAGUGCAGCAUCGCCCUGAGCAACUGGUGGUUUGUGGCCCAUCUGACAGACCUGCUGGAUCACUGCAAACUCCUCCAGUCGCACAACCUCUACUUUGGAUCCAACAUGAGAGAGUUCCUCUUGCUGGAAUAUGCCUCAGGACUCUUUGCUCAUCACAGCCUGUGGCAGCUGGGGGUGGAUUACUUUGACCACUGCCCUGAGCUGGGCCGAGUGUCCUUGGAGCUGCACAUUGAGCGGAUCCCUCUGAGCACAGAGCAGAAAGCCCUCAAGGUGCUGCGGGUUUGCGAGCAGCGGCAGAUGACUGAGCAAGUUCGCAGCAUUUGUAAGAUCUUGGCCAUGAAAGCUGUCCGCAACAAUCGCCUGGGCUCUGCCCUCUCUUGGAGCAUUCGAGCCAAAGAUGCCGCCUUUGCCACGCUGGUCUCAGACAGGUUCCUCAGGGAUUAUUGUGAGCGAGGCUGCUUUUCUGAUUUGGAUCUCAUUGACAACCUGGGGCCAGCCAUGAUGCUCAGCGAUCGACUGACGUUCCUGGGAAAGUACCGCGAGUUCCACCGGUUAUAUGGGGAGAAGCGUUUUGUUGAUGCUGCUUCUCUUCUCCUGUCAUUGAUGACGUCCCAGAUUGCCCCCCGGUCUUUCUGGAUGACACUACUAACAGAUGCCUUGCCCCUUUUGGAACAGAAACAGGUGAUUUUUUCAGCAGAGCAAACAUACGAGCUGAUGAGAUGUCUGGAGGACUUGACCUCAGAAAGACCAGUGCGUGGAGAGCCUGAUGCCCAGCAACUCCAGGAUGAUGAUGUAGAGACCACCAAGGUGGAAAUGCUGAGACUUGCUCUUGCACGAAAUCUUGCUCGGUCAAUUAUAAAAGAAGGCUCAUUGGAAGGUUCCUGAGGCCGGCUCCAACAUGUUAUCUUUGUAAGGCAAUGUAUAUACAUUUUUAAAAUAAUAAAUGUUUUCUUUUGCAAAUAUAA